AUGCCAGGUCCAUUAGACGGGCCUGUAACGGGCACACCCCGCUAUCCGGUGAUUGACACGGACCCGCACGCAUUUCGUGUUGUUCGUUACUUUCGACCACGAGACUAUGCAACUUGGGCGACUGUAACAGCUACAGUGCCUGCUGCUUACUAUGUCUGGGGCCGAUUCGACCCUCUGCCUAGACUUCCAGGACGAGCUAAUCGAAUCCUCUACACACUCGCGGCAACGAUGGGAGCAAUGGGAGGAUUUUUGAUGGCAUAUCAAGAUUCGUCAAAACGUUUUUGGGGCUGGUCAGAAAAUAAACGGGAACAAGAACUAGAUAGAGUAGAAAUGACCAGGAAGAUUGCAGAAGGCAAGCCACUCUAUGGCGAGAGCCCUCAACCGGAACACAUGCAACAAAUCGCUGCCGCGAAUUCACGACAUUCGCAGCUUUGGUUUGCAGUUCUCCCGUGGUUCAAUCUGGUCAACCAUCCAUAUCAUGGCGACUUUGCUGAAAGGUACAAGAAGGAAAGCAAAGAUACACAGGAAUAG